AUGUUAGAUCGAGAAAGAAAAGAUAAAAAAAUUUAUUCUUUGACAGAGACGCAAUCGCCUCAGGAUGCAGCGACUGAACAAAAAAUUUUGCCCCUUUUUCCUAAAAGUUCUCGCAGAAGUAUUAGAUCUUGA